CUCUCUCUCGCUCUAAUCUCUCUCUAUAAACUUCCGUUUCUUGUUUCGCGCGUUCCCUUCGUCACACUGGAGCUCUUCAAUGGAAGUCUCAGUGCUUCGCUCUCAUGCUCAUUGAAAUUUAGGGUUUGAUUUUGUUACCAGUUAGGUUACAGUUUUUAAAAAACUUUAAAGCUCUGCAAUGGAACCUGGCUCAGUAGAAGAGGUAAAAGAGGAAUUUGGUUCUGUUGAGAUCCCCAUUAUGCUUGAUAAUGGAAGCACCAUUGAUCAGUACUCAAUUACCCGAAGGAGGACAAAUGGUCCAACAAAGCGCUCCACAAAAGGAAAUUGGACAGAGGAGGAGGAUGCCAUUUUAAUGCAAGCUGUCAAGCAAUUCAAUGGGAAAAAUUGGAAGCAAAUAGCCAAGUGUUUUAAUGAUAGAGCAGAUGUUCAAUGCCUGCAUCGUUGGCAAAAGGUUCUUAACCCUGAUGUUGUUAAGGGACCAUGGACCAAAGAGGAAGACGAUGAAAUUGUUAAACAAGUGGAGAAGUUAGGGACUAAGAAGUGGUCUGUUGUAGCACAGUCCUUGCCAGGCCGCAUAGGGAAACAAUGCCGAGAAAGGUGGUAUAACCAAUUAAACCCUGCAAUUAAGAAGGAACCGUGGACCCAAGAGGAGGAUUGUGUUCUCAUUCAUGCCCACCAAAUAUAUGGGAACAAGUGGGCGGAGAUCGCGAAAUUUAUUCCUGGCAGGACGGAUAAUUCUAUAAAGAACUAUUGGAACUGCACUAUGAAGAAGAAGCUCCAGAAGCAAUCUAAUGUAACUCCUUUGUUGAGCACUUCAUCUUUGUCUACAGCAGGAGAGGGACUGGAUAGAAGUAUCAUAUUGGCAAAUGAAAACAGCGAAUGUUCGGCUGUUACUUCAGGCCAGAACUUGGGCUCAGAAGUGUGUCCAGAAACUUCCUCUGUAAAUUUAUCUCUCUUAAGUGCGAACCAGGAAUUGAAACCUAACUAUAAUGAGGUUCAUGAGAGUCUUAAGGAAAAAACUGAUGACAAUUCAGUUGGUCCAGACUUGGGUUUGUUCUCCAGAUGUGAAGGUAACAAUUCUAGGAGAGUGUCAAGUGAAUCUACUGAUAAUGAAAACAGUACCCGUGAUGAGGUGUCUCUCACAUUAUCGUUAGGUUCUUUGGAUUAUACACCAGGGCCCUUGAGAAACUCCUGCAUUUCAUCUGUAAAUGAUGACCAGUCAAGGAGCUAUAGUAAUUCAAUACCAAGUUUACUAAAUUCUCGAGGAACCAUGCCGUCUGUCACCUCCCAUUUCCUCUCUAGCAAUUUGGAUAAUGUAAGCCCUGAAGAUAUAUUGGAGAAUGCGGCUAGGAGCUUUACUUGCACUCCAUCAAUUAUGAGGAAAAGGCCACUUGAAAUUUGUGCAAAAGAUGAGACUCCUGGUUCAGGUCUGCGCAUUAACGACAUUGGGAGAUUAAGAAAGAAGCUUUUUCUUUCUCCACAAUAUCGUUCAAAAUCAACUUGUGCGGUUCCUGUGGAAUCAGCUGAUGAAAAUAUAUUGGAUUGUAAGUUUCAAUUGAGGGAGGGCAAUGCAAGCUGUAUAUACAAUUGUUCGUACACUAAAAGAGAUUCUUUGAAUGCUAGUCUCCAUGGGUGUGCAGUUCCAGAUUUGGAUGAGUCACUUACCACAAAGAAUGGAUUGAAAAGCAUAAGCAAGGAUCAUGAAUAACUCAGGCGAAAAUCAGAUUGAAUUGCACCCUCUGAUGGAAAGGGAAAGUAUAUUAUAGGCCAAUGGACCAUUCAAGGGCAACCCAGAGUUCAUCAAGGCCUUCAAUUUCUGAUGUAAUGGAUACCAUGCCUUUCUCAAUGGCAAAUGAGAGCCAUCUUAUUAACAUAUUUUGAUAGCAUUACACCCUUCCAUAUAAUUUAGAAAUAAUGGAGAAGAGAGUUCAAGAUUUGCUGCAAUGGUUGGCUCUUGCUAUAAUGGUUCUUAUGUUCUAACUUGACUCUUUCCAUGAUGAAGUUGAUUCCCUUUUACGCUUUAAAUUUGGGGGUUUCCAUGAUGAAAUUUCUCCAUUCUAGUGAUUAGAUUGCUUAGUUUACAUGUAAUUGGUUGUUUACAUGCAUAUCAUGUGAAAUUUCCAUUUGUAACGUUUCCAUCAAACAAUAUUUGAUCUGAUUAACCUUGAUCUGCUUGAAAGAUGAUUCUUGCUUUAAUUUGGUGCUAUUCAUCUUAGAAUUUGUAAUAAUUGUCUUUAACAUAUUGUACAAUGGAAAAGAUGUGAAAUUUUAAGGUUCUCCACAUGAACUUUUUCAAGAACUUCUAUUCUGCAUAUUUAACUUCUAAUCGGUUCUAUUGAAUAUGACAACAUUAGUUCUAAUACAGUAGCAUAACUGCCAAUAUGGUCAUACUUGAUGCGAUGGAAGUCUAUAUAAACUGGCUAACAUAUGUUUUUUUCUGGAUUUCUCAUUAUUAUUUCAUCUUAUUUAAUCCUUCUUUCAUAAGAUAGAUCACUGCCUGUAUAUGGGUGUCUUUUGAAUUGCUAGAUGUCAACUUGACAUGUUGAUGAAUCAGCCAGUUUUUUGUCAUAAAAAUUUCCCCUUCUCAUCCAAAGCUAUUUCUUUUUUUUAUUUUAGUAAAUUCUAACAGUAUAGAAAGUAUUUUGGUAUUUAUGUUUGUACUUAGAUUUGGACAAGCUUUCCGAGUCCCCGCACACAUAAUUUGUGUCUAAUGACAUACAUCUGUCUAAUGGGAGUGAGUCAAUAACAAUGUCAGACACUAAUUAUGCUCUCACAAACACAAUUGGCAUCAACAUGUUUUUCUCAGCUUAUUCACUACCGUCCGAUCAUUGUUGGACGGUUGUAGCGCUACAGACACAUAACUAUAUGGGUGAAAACAAACAUAAUGUUUCCCUUUAGAAUAUGCAGCUUAUGUAUUUAUCGGUAAUGUUCGGGGUGGUUUAUUUUGCUCUCUCAUAAUUGUGUAUCACUUUUGUUCUUUUGGAGUAGGGGGAUGGUGAAUAAAAGCAUCAUGCUGGGAUUUGGUUGCUAGGGCCAAGGUUCACUUUCACUACAACUUGGAGGGUUCCGCCAUUCUUUCAUUUGUUGAUUCAUUUAUUCACAUGACCAUUUCUUUUGGUGAAUUGAAGAAAUAAGUGUAAACCUUGUCCCUGCAAGAAAAAGUUGGUGUCAAAUUUGUAGCUGAUUUGUAUGGUGAUAUUCACGUUUUUGGAGUUUCAUGAGCC